AACUUCAAAUUAAAAAUUUACGAAUUACAAAAUUACUGGUACAGGAUAAUAUGACUCUAAGGUACGAAUUAGAACAAUGGAAAGAUGCCAUCAAAGCUUAUGAUGAAGCAGAUUUCGACAGGGCCUUGGAUUGCUUUAAGACUAUAGAGGACAAUGCAAAAGUUCAUUUCAAUAUUGGCCUAAUUUAUGCUACACUUGGCGAGCAUGAAGAAGCGUGUCGGUUCUUUAAAAAAUCAGUAAAAUUGGAUCAACAUUUUGCUGUGGGAUACUUAAAAAAGGUAGGGAUUUGCUAUUUAAACCUUGAUCAAACGGAACAAGGUCUGAGUGAUCUUUCCCUUGCAGCAAAAGAAAAACAAACAGAAGGACAUGAUGUUAUCGAUGAAGCCAUUCAAAUUCAGGGUCAGGUAUUGGUUUCUCGGUUUUUUUCAGUUCCUAUUGGUGUACUGUUUAGACCACCUGAAAGAAAACUUUACGACGUUCAUGUUCCUUUACCGCAUCCUAGCUUAACAAAACGUCCAGAAGAAGGUACUGAAAAUAAGCCUAGUUAUGAUUAA